CGAACCAAACGCAGCCGAAGCGCAUGUGGCACCUUUAAGUAUUUCGAUUUGUAUUCGGCCCCAGACCCCGCUCUCACCUCGAAUAUCGCCCUGAUUUGGCUUGGUCUAUUUGGAACGCAUUGUAUUUUGCAGGGGCUGGAAAAUUUAGUGUUCCCGCACGAGCUGAGCCAAAAAUAACAAUCGGGCGGCGAGGGCGCGAAUGUUAGAAAAUGUGUGGGGGGAAGGUUGGUGGAGGAGGUGAAGCGGUGCAAAGAAGCACAGAUUUGUUUAUAGUUUUCGUAUAAACAAUUGGCAAUUGAGAAAUCGCUUGUUCGAGAAAAAUCGAACAGUUUUUGCUGAAAAAUGACGAAGAUGGUUGUGAAAUUCGUGAGCAUUCAAUAAUUCCAAUUCUACUGCGGGCUCUAUAAAAAAAAAGUUCAAAAACCGAAAAGAAACAAAACUGAAAAGCUGAAAAUAAAAACGUUGGGGAAACAAUGCAUGCAGAAAUAUCGGCGAACCGCAUCAUACCAUAAUCAUAUAAUCAUGCUAAAUAAUGAAUGCAAACUGAAGCGCAACUGGGUUGGCGUUAAGAGCAAAGUAAACAAGUGCAUAAGGAAUGCGAGAACGAUGUGAAUAUGAAUAGGCAGGAAUACUCAUGAAUACCCGAGUACUUAUGGGCUCUGUGUAUGUAUGUAUCUGGCCGGAUGAUCUGAAAUUGAAUGCCAGAAAUUGUAGGGCGUAUACAUGCAGUUAAUUGAUAUGAAAUUAAUUCUUAGAACGAGUUUCAGCUUACAAAAAUUUUGCGACUUAAUGUAUGUCACAAGCAAAAACCGGUAAGGAUGAUGACCACAAAUAAUUAUUUGUGUUUUUUUUUUUUUUUGCAUUUUGGUGGGUUUGGCCUUUAAAAGGCGACUAAUCGGCUGCAGAGGCUCAAACCGUAGAGAGCAGCGGCACAAACAACAACAGCAUGUUGAAGAUUCUACUUAGCAUUUUUGGCCUGUGUCUGGUUGGCGCUAUGGCCGCGCCCGCCGAUGUCGAUCAUACAAGCACAACGGUGCCGCCAGUGGCUAUUGUGGAUUCGGGUCAGGAGAAGCAUGAGGAUGGCUCGUAUCACUUCUUUUACCAGGGCGAAGAUGGCACCAAGCGCGAGGAGACGGCCGUGGUGCAGAAUGCAGGCACUGAGGAUGCGUUCCUCGAGGUGAGCGGCACCUACUCGUAUUUCGAUGCCGACGGCAAGGAGGUAGUUGUCAACUACAAGGCCGAUAAUCGCGGUUUUGUGCCCGAGGGAGGCAACAUAUUGCCACAGAUAUCGCUGGCCGCCAAGCUGGCCAGUGAGCAGAAGCAGCUUUUUCCCGAUACGGACUAUAAAAAGCCGCCGCAAUACGAAUAAAUAGUGACCAAACGUUGAAAAGAAAA